AUGGAGAAUCUCACCAUUUCCGACGCCCCUCCCCCGCCUCUGCAACACCACGCCGGCGUCGGCGGCCAGGGGGGGAUGCCGCCCAUUCUCGGCCGCCCCCCUCCGCCUCUCCAGCAGCUGCCGGCGCAGAUGUUUACUACCGCGGCCCAACUGCUGGACCUAACCGAUAAAAAACUCAUGGUUGCACUUCGUGAUGGGCGCAAGCUUGUGGGUAUUCUGCGCAGCUGGGACCAGUUCGCAAACCUAGUACUGCAGUCCACUAAGGAGAGGAUAUUCGUGGCCCCAGAGACGGCGCCCGACCAGCCGCGAGGUCUGUACGCGGAUAUCGAUCGUGGAUUGUUCCUCGUGCGCGGCGAGAACGUGCUGCUGCUAGGCGAAAUCGACCUUGACAAGGAGGACGACGCGCCCCCGGGUUAUGACCUGGCCGAAGUCGAGCUUGUGCAGACACUAUCGAAGAAGCGCAAGCAGCAAGAUAAGGCGAAGGAAAAGCAGAAAGUAAAGAUGCUCUCUAAGGAAGGGUUUGAGGGCGAGAACGUAGGCGAGGUUCUGUUGUGA